CGUAUACGAUAAGUGACGUAGCGCCCUCUCCAUGCAUUUAUCAACCAACAUCACCUUUGGCAACGUGUCUCAUGUUGUGUAAGUCAUUUCUUGAAUGUGCUCCGUAACUAUUUAACAAUUUUUCUUCCUUCUGUAUUAAUGUCGAGCCCCGACAAUCGUUGGAAGUUCAGAUUACCCCGCAUAUUACUUACUGAUAUUGCAUUUGCAUAGCAUACCAUCUGAUCAUCUCUCUAGGCCUAUCCCAUCAGUGUCUUGGCAUUGGGUGGGAACUUCGCACUCUCUCAUCAUCACACUUCCCUUCACCUCACAAUAAACAAGGGUACGGAGGAAGCUGAUGUCGGUGAUCUAUAAUAACGCUCCGGUACAACGUUAAACGCCGUUCAAUCAACAGUCAAUCAUGAUUUUUGAAUAUUAGAAACAUAUUAUAGGCUACUAAACAGUUAGCUGUUGUUUUGUAGCCAAUGCCAGUUCUUGAGAAGGAAGUAAAUACGGCGACUAAUUGUCUGGUGACGAUGAACGGUGGACAUGGCGAGGCACUACUUGAACGAGAUGGAGACGGUGGAUUGGACCUCGUUCGAACCGUUGCGGAUUUUACCCGGCAAAUAUCGGAUCUCUACAAACAACACGCAAAUAGUUUACAGAAUAUAGUGCAUAUAUUUCGACACAGUAAUGACAAAAUGAAAGACAGAUUGAAAGAAAGGACAUCGUUGUUAAGGUGUUGGGAUGCCAUGUUGGAAGAAUACCAGGCAGCUGUACAGAAUAACUUUGAUAUAGCAAAUUCCUUAUUUUUGUAUGUGGCUGAGCCCCUUUCAGACAUAGUAUCAGAACGACAAAAAUUGGUGACCCAGGUCAAAGGUUAUCACGAUGAACUACAAGAUGAGACCGAAGAAAUGAAUAGUGCCUUGUUAAAGAGUCAACGAAAUUAUGCAGAAACUUGGACGAAGAUGACGAAAGCACAAACUCAAGGCUCAAUCAAGAAUCCGUACUUAACAGACUGUUAUAAUCAACAUAACUCAUAUGUAUUACAACUUUCAUUAGUUAACGCAUAUAAUGCUAGUCUACAGGAGCUAACAGUACCACAUAUAAUUCAGAUUAACUUCAACUGGCAGUUGAAGUACUGA